CCAGCCUGUGUGUCCACAUCCCAACUAACCAAGUAACCAAGCUGUCAUCCACCACUUAGAACCGGCCAUGAUGGACUAAUCCGGACCCAUCAUCAUCAUCAUCAUCAUCAUCUAGCGUGGGUGAAUCCAGUGUGGUAUCCUGAUCCUGAUCCAUCAUGCCUGUCCAACUGACCUUUAUCGAAUUGGAGAACUUCAAGUCGUACAAGGGCUAUUUGCGUCUGGGUCCUUUGGCCUCGUUCGUGGCCGUGAUCGGACCCAAUGGAUCGGGCAAAUCCAAUUUCAUGGAUGCCAUCUCGUUCGUGAUGGGCGAGAAAACCAACUCCCUGCGGGUCAAGAAGCUCUCGGAGCUGAUUCACGGGGCCUCGAUCGGUCGCCCCGUGGCCAAUCGGGCCUUUGUGUCGGCCAUUUUCCAACAUGAUGAUGGAUCCGAGCUGAAAUUCACUCGUUCCAUUAUGGGCUCGUCCUCGGAUCAUAAGAUCAAUGGCGAGGCCGUUUCCUCGCAGGUGUAUUUAAGGGAACUCGAGAAAUUGGGCAUCAAUGUGAAUGCCAAGAACUUUCUGGUGUUCCAAGGGGCGGUGGAGUCCAUUGCCAUGAAGAACCCCAAGGAACGGACCGCCCUGUUUGAGGAGAUUUCCGGUUCGGGCGCCUUGAAGAAAGAGUACGAACGAUUGAAGGGCGAGAUGAUGGAGGCCGAAGAGAACACCCAAUUCACGUAUCAGAAGAAGAAAACUUUGGGCAUGGAGCGCAAAGAGGCCAAGCAAGAAAAGGCCGAGGCGGAAAAGUACCAGAAGUUGCGCGAUAAUCUCCACGAUCGACAGGUGGAGUUGCAAUUGUUCAAGUUGUAUCACAAUGAGCGACGCAUCAAGGAGUCCGAAGAGACGGCCGAGCAAGCCAAGCAGGAUAUCCAGAAGAUCGAGAAGCGGAAGGAGAAGUCCGAGGACAAGUUGAAGGAAGUCAAGAAGGAGUUUGGCAAGAGUCAACGCGAGUUCACCAAAGUCGAUUCGGACAUCCGCGAGAUGGAGAACGAGAUCCAGAAGAAGCGACCGGCCUUCAUCAAGUCCAAGGAGAAGACGGCGCACAUGCAAAAGAAGUUGGAUAAUGCCAAGAAGAGUCUCAAACAGGCUGAGAAGGCCUAUAAAUCGCACCAAUCCGAUGUGCAGGAACUCGAGUCGGAUUUGCGGGCCAAUGAGAAACGCCGCGACGAAUAUGACGAGAUCACGGCCAACGAAUCUCAAUCCCAAGGCCGGAAUCUUCAUUUAGAGGACAAACAGAUCCUGGAGUAUCACAAGCUCAAGGAGAAAGCCGGCAAGGAAUCGGCUCGUUACAUGGCCGAGUUGGAUUCCAUCAAUCGCGAGCACAAAUCCGACCAGGAUCAAUUGGACACGGAGAACCGGAAGAAACACGAGCUCGAGAGCAAAUUAAAGACCAAAGGCCACGAGCUCGAGGAGUCACAAAAGCGUCUGGAGAAACUGAUUGAGCACAUCCGAUCCUCGGAGGCGCAACUGGAAGAGCAACAGAAGAUCUUCAACGAACUCCAGGGCGAUGUGGGCUGCAGCAAAGACAAGAUUCAACAACUCCAACAAGACCUCGACGAUGCCACGUCUGAAUUGGGCGAUGCCCGAGUUGACAAACACGAAGAGAAUCGACGCAAGAAGAAGCAAGAGAUCGUGGAGAACUUCAAACGACUUUACCCCGGGGUGUACGAUCGCAUGAUUAACUUGUGUCAGCCCAUUCACAAGAAGUACAACGUAGCCAUCACGAAGCAGCUCGGUCGCUACAUGGAGGCCAUUGUUGUGGAUACCGAGUCCACGGCUCGACAAUGCAUCCAAUACCUCAAGGAUCAGAUGUUAGAGCCCGAGACGUUCCUUCCGCUCGACUACAUCCAAGCGAAGCCCCUCAAAGAGCGAUUGCGCUCCAUCAGCCAUCCCAAGGGCGUCAAGCUCUUGUACGACGUGCUCCGAUAUGAGCCCAACGACAUUCGGCGAGCUGUGCUCUUCGUCACCAACAAUGCCCUCGUGUGUGAGACCCCGGAUGAUGCCAUGAAGGUGGCCUAUGAGCUCGAGGAUAAUCAACGCUACGACGCAGUGGCCUUGGACGGGACCUUUUAUCAGAAAUCCGGCAUCAUUUCGGGUGGAAGUGUGGAUUUGGCCCGGAAAGCCAAGCGUUGGGACGACAAGCAAGUCUCGACGUUGAAAUCCAAGCGUGAGAAACUUACGGAGGAGCUCCGACAAGCCAUGAAGAACUCUCGGAAAGAGUCUGAGAUCCAGACCAUUCAGAGUCAGAUCAGUGGUCUGAAGACGCGUUUGAAGUACUCGGUGAGCGAUCGCGACAACACGAAGAAGAAGAUCGAGGUCCUUCAGAAGCAAAUGGACAAGAUGAGGGAAGAUCUGGAGCAGUUUGGACCCAAGAUCCGGGAGGUCGAGGGCGAGAUGCGCGAACGCGAAACCAAGAUCGAAGACACCAAGGACAAGAUGAACACGGUCGAGGAUCGCAUCUUCGCCAAGUUCUGCGAAUCCAUUGGUGUGGCCAAUAUCCGAAUGUACGAAGAACGCGAGUUAAAGACGCAACAAGAUCGGGCCAAGAAGAAAAUGGAGUUCGAGAACCAAAUCAACCGAAUCACCACGCAACUCGAAUAUGAACGGAAACGCGAAGAUCAACUCCGCGCCAACAUGGAGAAAUUCGAGCGAACCGUUCAAGACGACGAGGACAGUCUGGAGACGGCCAAGAAGGCCGAACAAGUACAAAUGGGCGAGAUCGAUUCGGACAUGAAAGAGGUGGACAAGUUAAAGCACCGCAAGUCGUUCUUGAAGAGUGAAAUGGACAAGAUGGAGGAGGAGGUGAACACUGCUCGACGCGAAGUGGGCGCAAUUGCCAAGGAACUCCAACAAGCCAACAAGGCCGUCAACCAGUCCGAGAACCAAGUCGAGCAAGAGAAGGCCAAUCGUCACAGUAUUCUGAUCCAGUGCAAGAUGGACAACAUCCAGAUCCCGAUGAAGAAGGGCAACCUGGACGAGAUUGACGAGGACGCCAGCGAGGACCCUAGCAUCGAAGUCUCUUCCAGUCAACCCAGUCACAUCAUCUACGAAAAGGAAUCUCAAAUCGUCAUCGAGUACGGAUCGUUGGAAGAAGGCCUGGUCGAGUUGGAAGACAAUGACGAUGUCCGCAAGGUCGAGAAGAGCCUCGAAAAGCAGAUCAACGAACUCCAGAACACAAUCACCCGAAUCCAGGCCCCCAACAUGAGAGCCAUGCAAAAGUUGGACGAGGCUCGUGAGAAGUUGGAGGAAACAAACAAAGAGUUCGACAUGGUCCGCAAGAAGGCGAAAAACGCCAAACAAUCCUUCGAGAGGCUGAAACAAGAGCGCUAUGACCUGUUCAUGAAGUGCUUCGAACACGUGUCCAACACGAUCGACGAGAUCUACAAAUCUUUGGCCAAGAAUCAAUCGGCUCAAGCCUUCCUCGGGCCCGAUAACCCCGAAGAACCUUACCUGGAGGGCAUCAACUACAAUUGUGUGGCCCCUGGGAAGCGUUUCCAGCCCAUGUCCAACUUGUCCGGUGGGGAAAAGACCAUUGCGGCCUUGGCCUUACUCUUCGCCAUCCAUUCCUACCAACCGGCUCCGUUCUUCGUCCUGGAUGAAAUCGAUGCCGCCCUUGACAACACGAACAUCGGCAAAGUGGCCUCCUACAUUAGCAAUCGCACCGGGACCGGGAUGAACGUGAUCGUGAUCUCACUCAAAGACGAGUUCUACUCACACGCCGACGGUUUGAUCGGAGUGUGUCCGGACAAUGGGAUGGGUGAAAACGCGGAUUGCUUGGUGAGCAAGGUGCUCACAUUAGAUCUGUCCAAAUAUCCCAAGGCCGUCAGUACCUAACCCUUCGUACAAGAGUCGCGUUGGCUCGCUUAAACAUGUAUAAAUUUCAAGUGUAUACCUCUUAUAACUAAUUAUAAUACUGCCUCUGUUAAUAUUGAAAAGUCGCUCGAUACUUGUAGUCCAUGAAUAAUUUGCCGAUACCAAUGUCUUGAGAAGUUUGUAAAUACAGAUACUCCCAUACGAUAA